GUUCUCAGCUAUUUGUUCAAAGCGAAAACAAUACGUCUGAAGAAGAGGGGGGGGGGAAAACCCUCCCUUUCGCGCCGCUGAUAGGCUCCGCCAGAAUAGCAACAGGCCGGGUCAACGAAAAGGGCAAAGCCUGCGGUAGCGGAAAGAAAAGUUACUCGCGGAUCGCUGUAGUAACUUUCAGAUUUCAUCCUGCUGCCAUGAGCAGGGAGGCGAGACUCAUCGCGGUCUGGAGCGCCUGGCGAAGGCGGCCCUCCUGUAAAGGCGUCUGAGUCUCGAAGGGCCCCUGAGCUUUUUCAGGCUCCAGCCAUGUUACUCGGGCAGAACAAGGAGGACCUCCGUCCGAAAAGCCAGAGCGAGACAGAAGAGGGUACCGCAUGCACGAGCCUUCACGAACCUCCAGCUCAAACAGGUUGUGGAAUGCUCACUCUCCUGUCAUCUAUCAUUGCUGCCAUCAGUGGAUUUUUGAUGGGAUAUGAGCUUGCAGUUAUCUCUGGAGCUCUUCUUCAGCUAACUAGCCUCCUAACACUUUCGUGCCGACAACAAGAAAUUAUUGUAAGCAUAGUUCUUGUUGGUGCCUUAUUAGCUUCAGUAACUAGUGGAAUCCUGAUAGACAAAUAUGGGAGGCGAUUUACCAUUAUGUUGUCAUCUGCUUUACUAGUUGUGGGCAGUCUAAUUCUGAUCGUUUUUGCCUCCUAUGGACUACUUAUAGCAGGACGGAUUGUGAUAGGGGUUUCUGUUUCCCUUUCUUCAACUGCGACAUGUGUGUAUAUCGCAGAGAUUGCCCCGCAGCACAGAAGAGGUUUGCUUGUGUCUUUAAAUGAAUUCAUGAUUGUUAUGGGCAUUCUCUUUGCCUACGUUUCCAAUUAUGCCUUUGCUAAUGUUUCUCAUGGCUGGAAGUACAUGUUCGGCCUUGUUAUUCCACUGGGGGUUUUACAGAUAGUUGCUUUAUAUUUUCUUCUGCCCAGUCCUCGUUUUCUGGUUAUGAAAGGUUUCGAUGAAGCUGCUAGUAAAGUACUUGGAAAACUCAGGGCAACCGAAGACACUACCGAAGAACUCACCAUGAUCAAAUCUUCCUUGAAAGAUGAACACCAAUAUCAUUUUCUGGAUUUGUUCCAUUCCAAAGACAACAUGAGAACGCGGCUCCUGAUAGGGGUCACUCUCGUUUUUUUUGUACAAGUAACUGGGCAACCCAACAUCUUGUUUUAUGCAUCCACUGUUUUGAAAUCAGUUGGAUUCCAGAGCAAUGCAGCGGCUACUUUGGCCUCAACCGGGGUUGGAGUAGUUAAAGUGAUCAGUACGGUACCAGCUAUUCUUUUUGUGGACCACUUAGGAAGCAAGACAUUUCUCUGUAUUGGCUCAUCCCUUAUGUCGGUGUCAUUGAUCACCUUAGGAUUAGUGAUGCAAAAUAUACAUGUGAAUGUCACCACUGUCUGUAAAAACCAGUCUAUGGAAGAGAUUCUGUUUCAGGGAGCAGGAGCCUUCGCUAAUGAAACUUUUAAGGAACGUUUUGCUGGCACAACUUUACCUGUUAAAAGUUCCUCGUGGUGGAAAGAUGAAAUUGCUGACCCUGAGGAUCAGAACGGGACAACAUUAGUAGGAGACAAAACGUUUGUCAGAAUGCAUACAGACUCCCAGGUUGCAGUUGAAUCGGCCAAGGUGCAACCCUUUCUGAAAUGGCUCUCCUUGGCUAGCUUGCUGGUUUAUGUUGCAGCUUUCUCCAUAGGACUUGGACCAAUGUCGUGGUUGGUGUUAAGUGAAAUAUUUCCUGGAGGGAUCAGAGGAAGAGCAAUUGCUUUCACGUCAAGCAUCAAUUGGGGGGUUAAUCUCCUUAUCUCAUCAACAUUUUUGACUAUAACAAAUUUACUUGGCUUACCCUGGAUAUGUUUCAUUUAUGCCCUGAUGAGCCUAGCAUCAUUAGCUUUUUUCAUUAUCUGUAUACCAGAGACAAAAGGAUAUUCUUUAGAGCAAAUAUCCAUGGAACUGUCAAAACAAAAGCAUGCCAAGAAUCCUUUUUGUUGGAUGGGCCAGCGGCAAGACCAACUGAUCGGUUCAGCUAUAGAACUUUCUAAUAAAAGCACCAAUGAACAGUUCUUCUAGGCAGAAGCAGAGGCAGAUGCUUGAGUCACUUAAGACCAGAAGAAUUGGUUUUCGUAAUGGGCAACAUGGUAGAAUUCAUAGAAAUCCUGCUGCUACAUCUGAAUCCUUUAGCAUCUUCCUCUAAAUUAGCUUUCUCUGAUUUUUGUUUUCGAGGACUUUUUGAUCGGUGAACGUUACAGAAUAAUGAAUUUGCACAUUUUAAACACAGAGCUGUCAAACUGUAAGGAUAUUUCUAUGGAAAUAAAUAAUAAAAAAAAAACAUGAACACCAUGCAGCCAUUCAUACAAACAUGAGAAAUGUGUGCAAACUUCUCUUUUAAGAGAGUAAAAUAUUUUAGUCAUGUUCAGCAUGUUUGUGCAAUUGUAGUCAUCCUUUGUAGGCCUAGUAGCUAAGCUCUUUAAAAGGUAGGACACUUGACUAUUGCUUCAUGCUAAGUCAUGAACACACAGACUGCAUCACAGGUAGUACUCCGGGUAUGUCCGCUUGUUCAGCAACCAUUCAAAGUUAUGAUGGCACGGAACUUGUGAAGUUGUGGCUGUUGCAGCAUUUCCAUGGUCUUGUGAUCUUGAUUGCAACCAGCUUGCAAUUAAAUCAUUUGCAGCAUCUUACAAGCUUGCUGCUUCCUACAAAGUCAACCGGGAAACCGACAGGGAAAAUCACAAAUUGCUCCCACAGCCAUGCUCUGCAGCACCUCCCUACCCUCCUGUGCCUGCCCAGGGAACCCCACCUGCCAAUGCUCAAUACUGUCUGCCCAUGCUACCUAUCCACCCGUAGCUCUCACCUGCCGGCCUGCUUGCCUCUUCUGUUCCUGUGUUGUAGUCAUGUGAGAUCCUUGUUUAAUAACCUGUGUCAUUCUGGGGUUAAGACAGCAGUUGGGACUACAGAGAUUGCCAUUACUUAGCAAUGCACUCACAUGACUUCACACUUUGACCACAUUACUAGUGAUAGAAAUGCCAGUCCCAUUGUUCUGAACAAGGCUUCACAAAAUCACAAAACAGACUACUUGUCCUGAAAAAACCUCUUUUUAUUAGGC